AGGCUGCCCACCCUGAGGAUGCUUUGAAAACAAGUCUUGUGCGCCUCUGUGAUAUUGUUGAUCAUAUUUUAAACCUGUCAACGCAGGCAACGUAGUUCCUUAAAUGGAAACGAGAUGGUUAAUACCGGGUCUCUUUUAAAGAGGACGAUCAGUUUUUGGGAGACUUUAGAAUAGCUUUGUGUCUGUGAUACUCAGUUUGCUGGCAGAUUGAAGUGAGUGAAUUCAGAUAACUCAACCUUGUUAGAGGGCAUUUUAAAAAAUAAAAAGUUGAUUCGGUGCAUGAGAGCAAGUUACUGCUGCUUACCGUUCAAAGACUCACAGGUGCUUGCCUGCAUUGCAAUAAAGGACUCAUAUAUUGAGCAAGACUUAUAUUUAUCUCUUCGUUUUGGAGAGCCUAAUAAACUGUUAUUACAGUUUCUCUACUGACUUUCAAAAGUUUUGAAGUUUGAAAGAGACAUCUUUACAAUUAAUACAGCAUGAGCACGGCCAGAACAGAGAACCCUGUUAUAAUGGGUCUUUCCAGUCAAAAUGGUCAGCUGAGGGGCCCUGUGAAGCCCAGUGGUGGCCCCGGAGGAGGGGGCACACAGACACAGCAACAGAUGAACCAGCUGAAAAACACCAACACAAUCAAUAAUGGCACUCAGCAGCAAGCCCAGAGUAUGACCACCACUAUUAAACCUGGUGAUGACUGGAAAAAGACUUUAAAACUCCCUCCAAAGGAUCUAAGAAUCAAAACUUCGGAUGUGACCUCCACGAAAGGAAAUGAGUUUGAAGAUUACUGUUUGAAACGGGAGUUACUGAUGGGAAUUUUUGAAAUGGGCUGGGAAAAGCCAUCUCCUAUUCAGGAGGAGAGCAUUCCCAUUGCUUUAUCUGGUAGGGAUAUAUUAGCUAGAGCAAAAAACGGAACAGGCAAGAGCGGUGCCUACCUCAUUCCCUUACUUGAACGGCUAGACCUGAAGAAGGACAAUAUACAAGCAAUGGUGAUUGUUCCCACUAGAGAACUUGCUCUACAGGUCAGUCAAAUUUGCAUCCAGGUCAGCAAGCAUAUGGGAGGGGCCAAAGUCAUGGCAACCACAGGAGGAACCAAUUUACGUGAUGACAUAAUGAGACUUGAUGACACAGUGCAUGUGGUGAUAGCCACACCUGGGAGAAUCCUGGAUCUUAUCAAGAAAGGAGUCGCGAAAGUCGAUCAUGUCCAGAUGAUAGUAUUGGAUGAGGCUGAUAAGUUGCUGUCACAGGAUUUUGUGCAGAUAAUGGAGGAUAUUAUUCUCACGCUACCUAAAAACAGACAGAUUUUAUUAUAUUCUGCUACUUUUCCUCUUAGUGUACAGAAGUUCAUGAAUUCCCAUUUGCAGAAACCCUAUGAGAUUAACCUGAUGGAGGAACUAACAUUGAAGGGAGUAACCCAGUACUAUGCGUAUGUAACUGAGCGCCAGAAAGUACACUGCCUCAACACACUUUUCUCCAGGCUUCAGAUAAACCAAUCGAUCAUAUUCUGUAACUCCUCUCAACGAGUUGAAUUACUAGCCAAGAAGAUUUCUCAACUGGGUUAUUCUUGCUUCUAUAUCCAUGCUAAAAUGAGGCAGGAACAUCGAAAUCGUGUGUUUCAUGAUUUCCGAAAUGGCUUAUGCCGCAAUCUUGUUUGCACUGAUUUGUUUACCCGAGGUAUUGAUAUUCAAGCUGUGAAUGUGGUAAUAAACUUUGACUUCCCAAAGCUGGCAGAGACCUAUCUCCAUCGUAUUGGAAGAUCAGGUCGCUUUGGUCAUCUUGGCUUAGCCAUCAACUUGAUCACAUAUGAUGAUCGCUUCAACCUAAAAAGUAUUGAGGAGCAGCUGGGAACAGAGAUCAAACCUAUCCCGAGCAACAUUGACAAGAGCCUGUAUGUGGCAGAAUACCACAGCGAGCCUGUAGAAGACGAGAAACCUUAACAAGCAUGCUUUGACAAAACUACAGAAGGCUCGUUUGGAUCUGUGACACAUCGUUUUUGGGGGGAAUGCUCUUCUCUUUGUGGGUUUUUCAUCUUCUUUUAUUUUGGAACUAUGAAGACUUAAAAGAGGUCAGACUUUUUUUUUUUUUUCUUUUUAAAGCUAGCGAAGAGAAAGCUAAAAAGAAGGAAUUUACCUUUUUUGUUCCACUUGUUUGCACUGUGUGCUGACUGAAAUUUAGUUGCACUAACUGCUCGUUUUUUAAAAAAUGUUUUCUGGGGAAAGGGGACAAGGAAGGAGAAAGAAGAGAAGGGGAGAAACCCUAAAAAGAGAAGAAUUUUGAUGAACAUACAAGCUUGUCUACAAUUUCAGAAUUCUCCAGCAGCUGACUCUUGAGUGCAUUUCAACUUCUCCCUGGUUACUCAUCCGUUUUUUAAGCCUGAAGAGCUUAUUACUUAUUUGUGCGAAGUGCCUUAUGCUAUGAGACCAUUCAGAAUAUCAUCUUUAGAACACAGCCCAAGAAAUCAACAGUAGUAAUUCUUUCCUUUUUCCUUAUUUUUUUUUUUCUUAACAUUUUCGUCUUUUCAUUUUGGUUUCAAAGUUGAAGUCUCUCUUCCCUUUCUACCUGAUACUCAAGCCCAGGGCUGGAAGAUGAAACGUAUUAGUGAUGUUAAAACACCGUUUUCUUUUUCUUUAUGUGGAGGAGUUGAUAUGCAACCGCAGUUCAUCCGCACUGUAAAUACAUGUAUUUAAAAAAGAAACAAUCCAAGUAAAAAAUUUCUUCUGGGCUGAGUAGAUACCAACAUCAUCGCUCCCAAAGGAAAGAGCCGUCUCAUUGCAGGAGCCAUCUGCCCCGCCUCUGAGCUCUGCAGCAGAACACUAAAGACUGGUUUCCCAGGCGCCUCCGCCGGCAGUCACGGCACUUGAUGUGGGCAUGUCGGAGCUUGACCCUCUUUCCUCUGUGGCAAAGCGCGUCCCAUAGAAAAUUGGGUGUGUACACUUGUAUAAACUUUGUAAAUAAGUUUUUUCUGGGUUCAUAUAUAUAUAAACAUAUAUAUAUUUUUUUUUUGGAUGAAGGUUGCUGGGAUUAAGGGGAUUAGUGUGAUUAUGGGAGCAGCUAAAGAUGAGAGGGGCUCAGUUUUCCGCAACACUAAAUUCUAGUAAGUAUUUUGGCCUCUCGCUCGAGAGUGCUCGCCUUUCUAGGGACCCUGUGUUGGAAAAGGGACCCCACAGCUGGAUUCACUUUUGGCUGCCAUGCUGUCUAACCUUGGAGAGGCCUGCCAGAGAGAGCCAGGAAGCUUCAAAAGCCUGUCAUUCCAGGUGUUACUUGAGAUGCUCUCUCUGACUUUGCUUCUUCCCCCUUUUGAACUUGAGGAGCUUUUCAGACUCAGCAAAAGGGGACAAAGAUGAAUCUGUCUUCCAGUGUGGGGUUCUGCUGAGUGGAGCAGUAUAUGUAUAAAGCAUGGAUUCGCAUUUCAGAAUAUUAGCCAGUAUAAGCUUUGGUAAUGUUAGCAGUUCGGGGGACUAGUUUUUCAUGGAUUGCCUCCUGUGUUGGGUAUGAAUAUUGUCCUCUGCCCACCUUGGUACAUAAGCCUGCAGGAAUGGGCAACCCCUGAGAGCUGUUAACUUUCAUGCUACAGACAGCUGCUUGCCAUCCUUUUGCUUUGUGACAAGAAUAAUCUGUCAUUUUGCAUUGUAAAUUGCUGGCAAAUGCUUUACAGUCAAUAGUGUUGCUUUAAAUUGUGCCCCUCCCAACAUGCUUGAUGUUUGGCCUGAUCUCCAGGCAAAAGGAGUGAGAUGAAUCAAACCAGUGAACUUUUUUUUUUUUAAUGUUUUUAAUUCCCUUUUAAUCCAGUGUACUAGGUCAAUCAGGAGGCAUCUAGAAGGGGAAAAGCAAAAAAUUUAAAAAAAAAGUUGAUUUCCAUAUUCCAUUGUUUUCUUAAAACCCUAAAAUAAUACAAGCCCUGCGCACAUCUUAAUGCUUCAAUUCAUCUGGAUAAAGAAAUCAAUUAUUCAGAGUUGCUGUCUUGACUCUGCCUUCUUCUCAGCAGAACUAUUUGUGACAUACCCCAGAUUCCUCGCGGAUCAAACCCCGAAGAUGCCUCCUGAUCAGACAUAGCCCAACUCCUUAGAACUGGAGCCAGAGCUGCACAGUACAGACCUAAAUAGAACAAGCGCAUGCAUUUGGCGUCCGGGCCACGGAGUUCUGGCCAGCCACUAUUGCUCACUCUACACAAACCCCAAUUAACGAGUAACUAUUUUUCCCAGGAAGAAUGGGGGGAGGGAGUUUAAAAGGGAUCAACUUUUGACCAAAAAAAAAAAUCUAGCCCUUGUACUGAUGCAGCUCUCUUUCUCCCCCACCUCUGGCGAGAUCAGAGGGAUCAUUCACUCGUGAAGGCGUGUAGUGCAGUGGAUCUCGCCGGGGAGGGUGUGGGUGACAUACGUGCAGUCUCCUUCGCCAUCCAGACUGCCUGGUGCCACAUACCAGUGGGUCCCUCCUAAAGCACAGACUUGAACUAAAGUAUUACUGAAGUACAGCCUCUGAUGAGGAGUGGCACUUAAACUACCCGGGACACCACUAUUGGACGGUCUUCUAGAGGCCACUGUCCAGUUCUGGUGCUUGACUGAAUAGAAAUUGUUCAAUGGGAAGAUGCUCUAAGGACCAGGUCCAGGCCUGGUCUUGUCUUUUUUUAUUUUUAUUUUUAUUUUUUUAGAUCCCCUCACAAUAAGACAUUGAUACUAUUGGAAAUUGUUUUCAUGUUCUUCCAUUAUUGGGUGUUCACUUUUAAGCAAUUGCAAUGUUUUUCCAGUAGUUAAUCUGAGUGAAAAUUAUGCUCAUCUAUAGUGUGUAAAGUACGUCCAGUUUGGCCCAUGGCUGUUUGAGGACUUCAUGACUGCUGCAUGCCUGGUGCCUCUGGGCCCGUUUUCCGCCAGUGGAGAAUGCAACUUUCUUGCCUUUUCCUUGGUAGUGAAAUCAAUCAAUUCUAAAAUGAUGAGAGAAGAAACCUAAACAAUUCUAAAUUAUUUUUUCAUCAUCACUAAGGGUUGAGUCCAGCGGGGGGUGGGGGGUGGGAAGGUAAUUGUUUAUCAAUAGUUUUCAGAAUGAGGUGGGAGCAUCUUUCCUCUGCCAUGUGCUGUGUGUUUGAUACCAUCUAGCUUGGCUGUGAACCAAACAGCUCAGCACAAAGCUUUGAAUGUCAAUUGUUGGAAUCAAAACAUCUCAUUCUGAUGACUUAUUUUAUUUUAUUUUUUUUUUAAGUAGGGGUGGGUGGGAGGUUACAGUGCCCCUAAAGGGAUUGGGUGUCUGCAUUAAGGAUUUAGACACACUUUGGAAGCUCAUAACCGCAUUGGAAACUGCCGUUAGCCAUACUCCUUGACCUUACAGAUGAGGAACUAAAGAUGAAAUAAGUUCUUGGGAAUUAAGCCAUGUUAUUUUAAUUUACAACAUUUUUUUUUCCAGCAUUGUGUUUUGUUUUUUUUUUUUUAAGUAUUACUGCGGAAUCAUUUUCUGAAAAAAUACCUGUUAGGCAAAAUUAUUGGCCUCGUGGGAGCUAGUCAGUCAACAUUUUGGUAAAAUUAAGUGGACUUUGGUGAGCUUGCAGUUCUACUUUCUAUUCUUGAACCAUUUAAAAAAAAAAACUUACAAGGAAAAUCUUCACCUUUACAGUCUAAAAAUUCAUCUUUGGGGUUCACUUUAAAUGUCCAAAGUUUAUAUUGGUUCAUGAGGUCAGAAGGAGCUCGCCUGGGCCUAGACUCUGCCCCUCCACAGGUGACAGAUACCAACAGAAGUGCGUUUAAAUUCUCCAGUAGACCAUGCUGGGUAGGGUGAGGGAGGGGACAGGGUCGGGGAAUAAGAUACAGUCUACUGUAUUUUAACCAGUGGUUGUGGGGGUGGGGUACCUGGAGAAAACGAAGUCACUUCCCCUUUUUUUGAAGCAAAACUAAAACUUGAAAAAAAAAAAUUGUUGCUGUUCAGUAAAAAUGGGGGAGAAUUCCAAUGUCCCUAGCCACAAGGGAUCACAGUUCCACUGAGAAGUGAACAGUGGGGACUCAAAAAUCGGAAAACAUUUGGGGAGAGGGAAAAUUGGCUUUCUGUUAAUUGGCUAAUGUUCCAGUGGGGCUCCAUUUUUGUUGGGAUGUGUUAUGUUGUAUGUACGCGUAUAUGGACCAGAGUGCAGAGUUUCUAAGGUUUGGAAAAGAUGGUGAAAAGCUUGGUUUUUGUUAAUUUAUCUCAAUAAAAGCCCACUGGAACUCCA